AUGAGACAAUUCAAUGUAGUGGUCCUUGGUGCUGGAGGCGUUGGCAAGUCUGCGCUCACAGUUCGUUUCAUUCGGGACGUUUUUGUGGAGAACUAUGAUCCAACGAUUGAAGAGGAAUACCGGAGAACUAUCACGGUGGAUGGCCAACUUGACUCGCUCGAGGUUUUGGAUACGGCGGGGGCUGAACAAUUCACAUCUCUCAACGAGGUGUACAUAAAGUCAGGGCGUGGCUUUGUCUUGGUGUUUAGCCUGACCCAAGAAGCAAGCCUACAAGAGGUGGAUAAUCUGCGAAAGCAAAUACUGCGUAUAAAGGGUGGAGACAUAGCUGUGCCCAUCGUGGUCGUUGGAACAAAACUCGAUCUCGUGAACGAAAGGGAAGUUCAGCGAGCGACAAUCCAGUCUCUUUCGAGCCAGUGGGAUCUCCCAUUCUACGAAACGUCUGCGAAACGGAACUGGCACGUGUCGGAGGUCUUUGAAGACCUACUCAGGCAGAUGCGCGAACACUACCCAGUUGAUCCGUCAAGGAAACGCAGAAAGCGAGCGAGCGGAUGUGUUAUGAUGUGA